AUGGAGUCAUCUUCGUCUUGCCAUCAGCGUGCUGUGACGGACUUAGUUAUAUCUUGUCAAUUCCUGGAAGGCGGGCCAAACGAUAAUAACUGGGACUCUUCCUUUCACCUGGAUCAGCUUAAGUCCUUAUAUGCCGCCAGGCUAGCUAUAUGCGAGCUCAAUGGUGCGGGUGCAGCAACCCCAGAUAAAUGCGUAUCCAUUCUUAGUCUCAAGCAAGAAGAUGGCCCUGAAUCGUAUUCUACACAGUUCCAUGCUAAACCCAGGAAGCAGCAACCAGCAAUCCCUGCGCAGUUGGAAUCCUGCCUCCAUUCUCUAGAGUCGCGGCCGCAGUGGUGGACAAGUUACAGCAACAACCGUCAAAAUGCAGCCGUUAUGUGCCAGGCAGCACGCAUUAAUGUAGAGCGAGAUGAGUUACUGAAGCACCACAGGAAACUCGCUGACAUUACAUUUGGCCUCGGGGCAGCCUUGAACCAGUCGUUGAAUGAUGCAGCGGCUGAGGCUACCAAACAGCGUUCUUUUUUGGAUUCCAUUAAUGACUUACGUUUAAAAAUAAUCCGCGAUAUGCAAGAUGCUGAUGUCCUUGCUCGAAAUCGAUUCUCAGCUUUCGCCAUUGACUUAGAGUCACAAAUCCGUCGGACUGGCGCGGGUGCCAAGGAGUCCAUGAGAGGUAUCCUGUCUGAUGCAGGGGUUCUAUCUAAGGACAUCCUCUUGUCGAUCAAGUCAAUUCAGGACCUGAAGCAUAGUAUGAACGUCUAUUCAGAGAUGCUGAAGCAGAACUCGGAGCUCGCCGCUGCAGAUCAAGAAAGGCAGAAGGCUAAUUCCGAAAUAACCUUAGCCACUCGGCAGUCUCUUGACCAAAUCAGAAACCAGCAUAUAGCCAUUAUCGACCAAGAAUUUAGUCGCCUUCAUUCGUCAGUUGUAUGCUACACCUCCAUUAACUACCUGUGA